CCACGAUUGAGAAAUGCUUCACAGAGGUUAAUGCUCUUAUUAGUGUUUGCUUAUAACGCAGUGGUAUCUUUAUAACUGCUGCCACUUGUGCUGUAAGCGUGUUUUAAUCCAAGAUACUACACAAGGCCUGGUGUUUGAAGCAUGUCUCCGGAAGAGCUGACGUACCUGCUGGUUUUAGCCGUGUCCAUUCCGGUGGGGUUCCUGUUCAAGCAUUUCACUCCUCCGGUGAAGCAGGGGGCAGCGCUGAUCCUGGGCCUGGCUUUGACAGUUGCUACCUGUGGGAUCCACACCCUGCAUUCUCUCAUCACAGUGCUAGGCACCUGGGGCAUCAUCACGUACAGCUGGAGGUUUGCCCCCUCCCUUGCUCUCUCCUGGUCGUUUCUCUACCUGCUGUUUUUCCGGCUGGUCACAUGGUUUGGUCUGCCCGCCCCCACGCCGUUCACCAACGCAGUGCAGCUGCUGCUCACACUCAAGAUGGUGAGCCUGGCCAAUGAGGUCCAAGCCUUCCACCUGGCCAAGAAACAGGAAGUGAGCUCGUUCAGCAAGUCCUCUGUGAUUGGCCACAUCUCCAAGGUUCCCUCCCUCUACGAUGUGCUGUGUUACAGCUACUGUUACAUCGGCAUCAUGACUGGCCCGUUCUACCGCUAUCAGACCUACGAGGACUGGCUGUGUCAGCGCACCCCGGGUUCGAUCCCAGCGCUGACCCCGUGUGUGCAGCGGCUGCGCUGGGUCCCGCUGUACGCAGCGCUCUUCCUGGGCGUGUCCGCCGUCUUCCCUCUCGCACACGUGCGCUCCGAGGACUUCCUGCAGCAUCACUUCCUGUACAGACUGUUCUACAUGGUUCCGGUGUUCUUUGUGUUCCGGAUGCGGUUCUAUGCUGCCUGGUGCACAGCGGAGGCAAGCUGCAUCGCUGCAGGACUGGGGGCCUACCCAGAGGGGGCGCUGUCCAAGCCAGGAGGGGGGCCCACAGUGGAGUACAGCCCCGCCCCGGACUCUCCUGUCCUCUAUGACUUUGAGACGGUGCGCAACAUCGACUGCUACAACACCGACUUCUGUGUGAAAGUGAGGCACGGCAUGCGCUACUGGAACAUGAGUGUGCAGUGGUGGCUCCACAAUUACAUCUACCGCAACGCGCCCUUCCGAUCGUACGUCAUGAGAGCUGCCUGGACCAUGUUUAUCAGUGCGUACUGGCACGGGCUCCAUGUCGGCUACUACCUGUCCUUCCUCACAAUCCCGCUGUGCCUGGCUGCAGAGACCUCCAUGGAGCGCGGGGUGCGGAGCCGCCUCUCCCCUGCGGGGCAGUACUGGUUCGAUUGGGUGCACUGGUUCCUGAAGAUGCGGGCCUACGACUACAUGUGCAUGGGCUUCGUGCUGCUGAGCUGGGGAGACACGCUGCGCUACUGGGGCUCCGUGUACUACUGCAUCCAGGUGGUGGCGCUGCUGUGCAUAGUGCUGGGGCAGGGGCUGGGCAAGGGAAGGGGAGGGGAGCAGAGGGAGAAGAAAGGGGGGGAGGAGAAGCAGGAGGGGAGGGAGGAGGAGGAGACGGAGAAGAGAGAGAAGAGAGAGUGAGGAGGAGAAGAGGGAGAGAGUGAGGAGGAGAAGAGGGAGAAGAGAGAGUGAGGAGGAGAAGAGGGAGAAGAGAGAGUGAGGAGGAGAAGAGGGAGAGUGAGGAGGAGAAGAGGGAGAAGAGAGAGUGAGGAGGAGAAGAGGGAGAAGAGAGAGUGAGGAGGAGAAGAGAGUGAGGAGGAGAAGAGGGAGAAGAGAGAGUGAGGAGGAGAAGAGGGAGAAGAGAGAGUGAGGAGGAGAAGAGGGAGAAGAGAGAGUGAGGAGGAGAAGAGGGAGAAGAGAGAGUGAGGAGGAGAAGAGGGAGAAGAGAGAGUGAGGAGGAGAAGAGGGAGAAGAGAGAGUGAGGAGGAGAAGAGGGAGAGUGAGGAGGAGAAGAGGGAGAAGAGAGAGUGAGGAGGAGAAGAGGGAGAAGAGGGAGUGAGGAGGAGAAGAGGGAGAAGAGAGAGUGAGGAGGAGAAGAGGGAGAAGAGAGAGUGAGGAGGAGAAGAGGGAGAAGAGAGAGUGAGGAGGAGAAGAGGGAGAGUGAGGAGGAGAAGAGGGAGAAGAGAGAGUGAGGAGGAGAAGAGGGAGAGUGAGGAGGAGAAGAGGGAGAAGAGAGAGUGAGGAGAAGAGGGAGAAGAGAGAGUGAGGAGGAGAAGAGGGAGAGUGAGGAGGAGAAGAGGGAGAAGAGAGAGUGAGGAGGAGGAGAGGGAGAGUGAGGAGGAGAAGAGGGAGAAGAGAGAGUGAGGAGAAGAGGGAGAAGAGAGAGUGAGGAGGAGAAGAGGGAGAAGAGAGAGUGAGGAGGAGAAGAGGGAGAAGAGAGAGUGA